AUGUGGCCUGUCUUCCAUGAGAAAUAUCCCAAGAAUUGUCUGCAAGAUGCUGUCUUUGGACCGAGUCCGCAAAGUCUGCAGCACAUACAGGAGAAAUCAAAGCGCAUCAAGUUUGGGUUUCAGGAGGAUAAGGUGCCGGAAUUGAUGAAGCAGUUCUUUCUUCUGGUGCAUAUUAAGAAUCCCAUUGUGGAUGAGAAGGAGCUGAAGAAUUAUGCACGGCGUGCUGUUGAAGAGGGGUUGGAUUGGGAUGAAGGGUCUUGUCUUGUGCUUCUUGCUUGUGCUCUGGGUACAAUCGCAGUACCAUUUCAACGCGCACAUGAAAUCGCCACUUUGGAUCCUGCAGAGUACAGGAAACUUCCCACUCCUCUCGACGCCUCUAGGCUAGAGGAAGCGGAAUCAUACUUUACACUGGCUCGCAGAAGAAUUGGAAAUUUGAGUCAUUCAGUCGCUGGUGUACAAUGUCUAUUCCUUUCGGGUGUCUUCUACAUGUAUACCUUUAGGCCAUUGGACGCAUACCAGAGCUUCCACCAAGCAUCUGUGAUGUACCAAGUCUACGCAAAAUCUAAACAAGGAGCCGCAUCCACUCCCUCUGACUUAAAGACCGAACAAAGGUUAUUCUGGAGCUGUUUCAAGUCUGAAUGCGAGAUCCUGUCGGAGAUUGAUCUACCCCAUUCGGGUGUAUCCCAUCUAGACUACGUGCACAUCUUCCCAAGCCCACCACACUCAGAUAUAAUAACAGCCAAUCCAACCUCCGUGCUACUACCAGAUAGCGCAGAGCACACCCGCCACGACAUGGCAAGCCGCGAACAGGAACAAGCCUGGUUUUACUAUCUCUCAGAAAUAGCUCUGCGACGGAUCGGCAAUCGCGUCUUGGAAUCAAUGUACAAAGACGACUUCGAGUCAUGGAAAGAGCUCAACAUCCAAUCAACAAUCCAGAUCGCAAACGAGUUCCUCCGCCAGCUUAAUGAAUGGUAUGAAUGUCUCCCAGCACCCAUGCGUUUCGACGAUAAAGGACCAGGAAUUAUCCCAAGCGAAGAGCUACCCUGGCUACUAUAUGUCCGGCUUCGAGAGGUGCGGUCUUGGAUCUUGAGACCAUUUUUGUUUCUGGCGAUUCAUUUACCGCCAGAUAACCACCACCAUCUAUCAUUAGAGCCGUUUGUUGCAGAUUCUUUGGUUGGGUAUACUGGACUUAUUGAGGCAAAUUCUGUCUGCCAUCGUCAUCAUGGGACUUGGUAUACGCUCAGAUUGACGUUUACCUCGGCGCUUUGUCUCCUUGCUGCUGCGAGACGGAAUUUGUGGACUCCCAGAUUGAGGGAGUCUGUUGAACUUGCUAUUGAGAAUUUGAAGUACUGGGAGGUUGGGGCUCCUGGUGAUGUUCAAAAGGCUAGGGUUAUUCUCGAGGAAGUAUUGUCUGCAUAA